AUGAUAGCUGAUUUUAUCAGUGACGACGGCUACUACGAUGUGAUUGCACGCAAUAAUACGCCCUUCACAGUCAUCAAUUGUCACAGCAACAUGGCUUCCUCAAGCCUCAGUCUAAACCCCAUCAAACUGGCCAGCCAGAUACAACAGAUGGGCGACGCGCGAACUCGGGACUAUCCGGUCGUCAUGAACCCCUUGUUCGUGUUUCCACUCACCAUCUUCUACGUGUACUUCGUCAAGGUUCUCGGUCCCCGCUGGAUGAAGAACCGAGAACCAUUCCAAAUCCUGAACCUAGUGCGGGUGUACAACUUGCUCAUGGUGCUUCUGAACGCCCGUUUCUGCUACAUCGUCGUGUUCCACGCCUACUACCCGCGUCGCCGCUACAGUCUCUGGUGUCAGGGCGUCACGGGCAAGAUGGACGACGAACUGGCCUACUACUAUCGCACCGGCUGGUGGUACGUGGCCGUCAGGUACGCCGACUUCUUGGACACGGUGUUCUUCAUAAUGCGCAAGAAGUUCAACCAGGUCACUCACUUGCACGUCAUACACCAUGUGAUCGUCGCCGUGAACGCCUGGUUUUGGGUGCUCUUCGCACCUGAGGGUCAACCUGCGCUUGGCCUGGCCAUCAACGCCGGAGUGCACACCGUCAUGUACACGUACUACUUCUUGGCUGCUCUGGGUCCGGCCAUGCAGAAGUACCUCUGGUGGAAGAAGUACCUGACACGUAUCCAGAUCAUCCAGAAUGUGGUCUUCAUGAGCCACAUGGCCAUCCCGUUGUUCGUGGACUGCGGCUUUCCUCGGUACCUCAUUUGGGUGGCCAAUGCACAGACAUUCUUGGUCAUGUGCUUGUUCAUCAACUUCUACAUCCACUCCUACAUCAAGAGGCGGGGGACCCCAAAGCUCGAGGCAGAUCAAGCUACGGCUAAGGAAAAGGCUCACGGUGUCACGAAUGGCAAGCAGGACUAGAAGCUGAACAGGGUGGGUUAAGAACAAGCUUAUCUGAGUGAUCGGAGAGGCUCCAUGAACAUAUUUAUGAGAUCUUUUGCAGAGAUUUAUUGUUUGCUCAUGAAAUGGUUCGCACAAAUGACAAUACGUGGUUAGUGCGUUCGGUGUGCGUGAUCGCCGUGCCAUUGUUGUAUUUAUACACUAAUUCUUUGCUCUGUGGGUGACGUGUCACUGUGAGAGGCCAAAGGAGGUAUGUCCAUUGUACUAUACUUAAUCUGCGCAGAAAUAAAACGAGUCUUGAACACGCAGCGUAUAAAGCUGAGAAAAAUUGCUAUUUAGCGCCACAAUUUUUCAGUGAAUUCAGCAGUGCCCCCACCAUC